AUGGAAAAUAGUGAUUCGAAUAAAGACCUUCAAGAUUCCAAAUCAGAUAAAAGUACAUCAUGGGUAAAAUGGUUUAAUAAUAGAGCAUUAAGUAAUUUUUUAGUAGAAGUAGAUAAUGAAUAUAUUACAGAUUCAUUUAAUUUAUAUGGAUUAAAAACUGAGAUCCCUAAUUUUAAUCAUCUCGUAUCAAUAAUAGCUGGGGAUGCCCCUGAAGAUGAUGACGAUUCAAAAAAUAGCUUUUCAAAAGAUUGUAUAUGUUUAUAUUCAUUAAUACAUGCAAGAUUUAUAACUACACCAAAAGGUUUAUCAUUAAUGAAAGAUAAAUAUAUUAAAGGUGAUUUUGGUACUUGUCCAAGAGUUAGUUGUGCUCAACAUAAUGUAUUACCUAUUGGUUUGUUUGAUCAGAUGAAAAUUGCCAAAGUUCAUGUAUAUUGUCCUCUAUGUCAAGAAAUUUAUAAAAUACAUGAAGAUGAAAAAGUUUAUUUAGAUGGAUCCUUUUUUGGAACAUCUUUCCCUCAUAUUCUUUUACAAACCUAUCCAUAUUAUGCUACAUUAAAAACUCCACCCUAUUGUUCUUCUAAAAUUUUUGGAUUUAAUGUUUAUCAUAAUUUUACAAGAACCGAAUAUAAAUUAGCUAAAGGGGAAUUUGGAAUCAUAACCAGAGAAAAUUUUCUUAAAAAAAAUCCAAAGUAUUUUAAAAAGCUUAGAAAGGAAGAACUACAAAUUUCUGAAACGUAA